CGGGCAGAAGUAGCCCGUUCCGGUGGUCGCGCAGCAUGUUGGGAGUUGUAGUUUGAGGGUGAAUGGGGUUGCGGGCGUGGAGGUUUCAAAAUCCAAAGUUUGCCUUCUACCUGCUCUUGUUAGCGCCGGACCGCGGGCGAGCGGUUAUUGGUUUCCGUUAAGGACCUUUGUCAUUCCCGGGGGAUUCAGAGCACAGCCAGCUUUUGGAUGGCUCUGAUGGACCUGCCGCCGUGUCCCCUGGCCUUCCUUUGGCGGAACCUCCCAGUUGGCCAGGCUUGCCCUGCUCAUCGGUGAUCCUCUGGCUCCUGGCUCUGUAAUCUUGCAGACCUGCGUUUGCUGGGAAGAUGUUCCUGGUAGGCCUGACAGGGGGCAUUGCUUCAGGUAAGAGCUCGGUGAUCCAGGUGUUCCAGCAGCUGGGCUGUGCCGUGAUUGACGUGGACAUCAUUGCCCGGCACGUUGUCCAGCCAGGAUACCCAGCCCACCGGCGCAUCGUGGAAGCCUUUGGUCGGGAAGUCUUGCUGGAGAACGGCGAAAUCAAUCGCAAGAUCCUAGGCGACUUGAUCUUUAAGGAGCCCAAACAGCGGCAGCUCCUCAACAGCAUCACGCACCCUGAGAUCCAAAAGGAGAUGGUGAAGGAAACCUUCAAGUACUUUCUCCGGGGGUACCGCUACGUGAUUCUGGAUAUUCCCCUGCUGUUUGAAACCAAGAAGCUCCUCAAGUACAUGAAGCACACGGUGGUGGUGUACUGUGACCGGGACACGCAGCUUGCACGGCUGAUGCAGCGGAACAACCUGAGCCGCGAGGACGCCGAGGCCCGCAUCAGAGCCCAGCUGCCCCUGACGGAGAAGAUCCACCUGGCCCGCCACGUCCUGGAUAACUCGGGCGAGUGGAGCGCCACCAGGCGGCAGGUCCUCCUCCUGCACGCGGAGCUCGAGCGCUCCCUGGAGUACCUGCCGCUGAGGUUGGGUGUCCUCGCAGGCCUGGCCGCCCUCACAAGCCUUCUCUAUCUGCUCAGCCGCUACCUGCUGCCUCAGCCUUAGCCGCGAGUGCCACAGCUUCCUUGGGGGCAGACGCCUGGCCGCGCAGCCUGUUUCUUCACCCUCGUCAACACACACAUUCUCUGGACGCUCGGAUCCCACACUGGGCCACCUUCCUCUAGACUACAUGCUGCCCUGAGACCAGGGGAGGGGGCAGCCACAGUCGGGGUCCUGCCUCCCGCCCUCCUUGGCAUCUCCUGCAGAACAGCAGCCCUGAUGGAUAGGAAAUCCACAGUCGGGGUCUCACAGACUGUGUGUCCCAGUC